AUGGCUGCCAUUUCGUCCCAGACUUACACCCCCGCCGAGGAGACGGAGAUUCAGCAAUGGAUCACCACUUCCGACCGUCUCAAGUCGUCGCCCUCCGACUCGUCCAUCCUCGGGUCCUUGAACACUCACCUGUCGACCCGAACCACACUCCUCGGUACCAAGCCCUCCAAGGCUGAUGUCUCAAUCUACCAGGCCUUGGCUCCGGUUGUCGCCAAGUGGACUGCCGAACAGCGCACUGGCGAGCAGGGACACCCAUACAUUGUCCGCCACCUCGACUUUGUCCAGAACUCCAACAUCUUUGGCCUCGACCUGAAGGACCAGGACAAGUUCCACGUUGACCCGGAAGAGGUCCUUUACGUCAAGCCUCCCGUUGAUGCCAAGGCUGAGAAGAAGAAGCUCAAGGAGAAGGAGGCUGCUGCUGCUGCCGCCGCCAAGGCCGGUGGUGAGCAAGCCACUCUUGUCGACCGCACCAAGGCCGCCGCCGCCGCCGUCAAGGAUACCGUCGUUGAGGCUGGCGCCGCUGUUGCUGCCGCUGCCGGCGUUGGUGGUGAACAGCAGCAGAAGCCCAAGGAGAAGAAGCAGAAGCAGCCCAAGCCUCAGAAGGCUCCUGCUGCCGCUGCUGUUCCCACGCCUGCUCUGAUCGAUCUCAGAGUCGGCCACAUUCUCAAGGCCAUCAAGCACCCCGAAGCCGACAGCUUGUACGUUUCCACCAUUGCCAUGGGUGACAAGGAGGUUACGGAGGACUACACAGAGUAUGAGGGCCAAAUUUGCCGAACUGUGUGCUCGGGUCUCAACGGUCUGGUGCCUUUGGAGGAGAUGCAGGGACGCAAGGUCGUGGUUGUUGCCAACCUCAAACCCGUCAAGAUGCGUGGUAUCAAGUCCUGCGCCAUGGUGCUCGCUGCGUCGCCCAAGCUCAAGGAGGGCGAGGCCGAUGACCACAAGGGCCCAGUCGAGCUUGCGAGCCCCCCUGCUGAUGCGCAGGCCGGUGAGCGUGUCUACUUUGAGGGCUGGGAGGGUGAGCCCGAGGGUGUCUUGAACCCCAAGAAGAAGGUCUGGGAGACUUUCCAGCCCGGCUUUACCACGACCGACAACCUCGAGGUCGCAUUCGACGCUGGCGAGGUCAAGGAGACGGGCAAGACGGGACUCGGAAAGCUGGUUACUAAGAGCGGUGGCGUCUGCACAGUCAAGAGCUUGAAGGGUGCUACGGUACGAUAA